ACAUGGUACAUGCCGGCGAAGCUUGUGUAUUUUUUAAUCCAAAGCUUUUGUUUGGACUUAUUGGCCACGUUGGUUGGGGCUGGGAGACUGCCAAUUCUACUACCUAUGUCUAUGGAUCUGAUGAUGGCCCAACUGAUAAUAAUUCCUGUGGUGGUAGUAAAAACUGGUUACAAGCUAUUGGAACUCGUGACGAUAUGAUAAGCUGGUUUAAAGGCCGUAACUACUCUAGUUAUAAUUGCGAAACAGUACAAAAUCCUGUUGCUGACGCAGCAAAUUCUAUGAUUACAACGGUUAAAAAUAUACCAUAUUAUUGGGCUGGUCUUCUUUGCCUUCAGAAGAAUAGUAGUAAUUGUCUUGAUGACACUGUUGCAAUUUUGGGUGCUUAUAAUGCCCCAGGACUGCAACCGGCAACGAUACUAAAUGGUGGAGAUCCAAACCCAAAAACAUGGUUUGAUAGCUUAGGUAACACCGGCGAUUCAAGUUACGGAGGUAGCUGGUCACAAAGUUCAAUAACUCUUUAA